AUGAUAGAACAUGUUCCAUGGGUGGAACAUGUUCCAUCUACUAAUAUUCCAGUGAUGGAACAUGUUCCAAUGAUGGACCAUGUUCCAUUAGUGGAACAUGCUUCAUUUAUUAAUGUUCUAGUGAUGAAACAUGUUUCACUUAUUAAUGUUCGAAUGAUGGAACAUGUUCCAUUGGCUAACGUUCCAGUGAUGGAACAUGUUCAAUCCAAUAAAGAUCCAGUGGUGGAACAUGUUCCAACGGCUGAACAUGAUCCAUUUACUAAUGUUCCAUUAGUGAAACAUGUUCCAUUUGCUAACGUUCCAGUGGUGGAACAUAUUCCACCUACUAAUGUUCCAAUGAUGGAACAUGUUCCAUCUAAUAAAGUUCUAGUGAAAAAAUAUGUUCCAUUUGCUUAUGUUCCAAUGAUAGAACAUGUUCUAUUUUGUAAUGUUCCAUUGACGGAACAUGUUCGACUUACUAAUGUUCCAAUGAUGGAACUUGUUCCACCUACUAAUGUUCCAACGAUGGAACAUGUUCCACCUACUAAUGUUCCAAUGAUGGAACACGUACCAACGAUGGAACACGUUCCAUCGGCUAAUUUCCUAUUAAUGGAACAUGUUCCAUUGAAUAAUGUUCCAGGAACGGAACAUGUUCCGAUUAUUCUAAAAUAA